AUGAAACUUGUUGCUGGUCUCGUCGCCUUGGCUUCGGCCAAAGAAGUUGUCACCGAGUUCUGCGGGGCUGACCUUAACGCCGCCUACGACACAACUGGUCUCGAAAUCAACUAUGUUUUGACAAAGAGAAAGACCUGGGACAACCGAGACCCUGAGAAGAUCCAAAAGAAGCCACGAGGACCCUCUCACUGGCGAGAUGUCGUCCGAGUUGAGUGUGCCGCUCAGGGCCGAGCUCGACCACAGAACCUCAAUCCCCAGGGUGGUUAUCCAGUCCAAAAGGCUGCUCCAAUGGUCAAAUGCACCCGAAAAGGACCAAGCGGAUCGCAAAAGCUCAAGCCCAACUCCCGACGAUACGCCCGAUCAAAGAUCCUCCAGUGGUACCAGGCAACCUGUAUGUAA